GUUGGCCUUUCCGGGCCUUGUGGCACCAGGCCUCGUAGUGGUGGUGGCAGGCCUCACGGCGGUGGCCUCCUAUUAUCGGCCUCCUCCCAACACACAUUGGGCACGAUGCCCCCCAAUGUUGGAUGCAACUCAGCGCCUCUGCUGCUGGAUUAAUUCCACUAGUCCAACUUCCUUCCUACCCGCACACCUCAGUAUUGUAGAAAGCAGCUUUAUGACAAGUGAGACCAACUGUCUGCACACUGACUGGCAGCAGCCAAGGUAGGCAUUCAUGGAAAAUUUAUCUGAUUCUAUCAGGAUCACAAAGGGUUGUUACUUCUUCACCAAGGUUGUGUCCUGGGCUGGUACUGCUAUUAUUUAUUUUUUUAUUUAUGGAAGUUAGGUGGCCCUGCAAUGUCUUUAUGGAUCCCAGGUGGAGCCUCUGAGAAUUUUAAGUCCACUGGAGACAGUUCACAGCAGACUUUUGUGAUUAUUAUUAGCGCGCACGCCCACCCCGCCUGCUUUAUGUGGAGCUGAAAUGGCUACAGCAGCAAUACAAACAGUUUGUGUGAAGAUUGUGUGAAACUAAUGGCUAAAAUUAUCUUCAGUGAGCCUUGCUGCCCUCUUAGGAUAGCCUUUGAGGAAAUGAACAAUCACACUAGGGAAGUGUUUGUAUUAUCUCUGGUAGUGAAAUUAGGCUUUUUUGAAUCCUGUAUAAAGAGUUUAGAGUUUGCUGUGAAGCUUGAGGCAAAGACUGCUUGACUUAUCCCUCCAGAUGGAUAAAACAACUCUUAUCUGUUUCUAAAAUAGCACCAUAAUAUAAGAAUUUCCCUUACAUUCCUUUUGUUGUUUAAAGGACUUGCUAAAAUUCAGUGAUAGGAUGGCCUUUACUAGCCCAGUUAAGUGUGAUGCAUUUUGCUUUUUUAGAAGAUACAAGACAGGUCGUAUUCAAAGUGUGCCUGUCCUAGUGGUUUAAAGCAUCUUAAGCAGACUAUCUUGCACAUAUUACUACAUGCUGUUCUUUGUCUAAAGUUCUAAGAGAAUAUUAUUUGGGUUAUAUCUUCACGAGACAUAUGAAUAAGGUCCACCUAGGAGAUGGUAAUCUCUGCUGGUGCACAAGAUAAAACACACAACUGUGAAGAAUGUACCUUUUCUAUCUGUAGCCAUUGAUGUUAUGGGAAUUAAAAUAAAUAAAUAAAGGAGUGUGGUAUUAUCUUUUCUGAGAGAUUCAGAAUUUUGUUUCCAUAAUUUUUCUUUAGGAGCUAUAAUUGCUCCAUGAAACAGAACCAAUCUGUUUUGUCUGCGUGGAAUUGGGAAGUGUCAGAGGUCUGCUGAGAGGGGUGGGCAGGUGGAGCUCCAUCACUGUGGACAUUGCCACUGCACCUGCUGAAGACACAGGGUGGAAGCUGUCAGCGGUAUCUAAAAUGGGUCUGUCUAAGACAGGGAAGAGACCAAUCUUAGCUGGUUCCUAAGUGGAUCCAACUGCUAGUAAUGGGCCUGAUCUGGGCCUAGAGCUCACAUGGCAAAGAAAAUGGGAGGAAAUCGACCUCCAUACCUUCUACCUUAGCUCAUGCAAGCUAAGCUGGAUGUGGGGAUGGUUCCCCUCGUUGCUCAGUUUAGCUCUGCUCCUCCCCAUGUAGGAGAUAGGAUGAGGAGAAUCAGGAAUUUUAUGCUUAUUACACAAUUUUGUGAAAGUAAAUAAGUAAAGGAAAAUGCAGUGGCUGGUUACAGAGAAGCUAAGUCCAUGGACAGUCUUCAAAGUGCCUGGGAUGAUUUUUCACAUCAGGCCCUUUCCAUGGCUGUGUUUUCGCUUUAUGCCCCCUGUACAUCUUGGCCACAAAGAAAUAUUCGCAACUACCAGCAGUUCCAAGAAAUUGUAUUUUCUUUAUUGUUUUAUUUUUUUUUUGUAACUCAACAAGUUUCCAUUUUUUUUAAAUAUUUUUAAAAUUUUCAUUAUUAUAUUUUUUUUCUGUUUAAUGCACUCGACCCAAAAUUGGUUUGGCAUGUUGAAAGGAGGGGAAGGGGACUGAAAGACAAGAGAAAUGGAAAAGAGGAGGGGGGGAGGCAAAGUGGGCAAAAGCAACGGUGUGGAGAUUGAAAUGGAUCAGCACCAACCUGUAGGAGGGGGACACUGAGGGGCCAAGGGAGAGAAUGAAUCGCAAACCUUCCCAGCAGGCCCUGGGUUCCUGGGCUCAGGCCUUCAUGCUGCCAUUCGAAAGGCACAGCUUCACUGCUAAACCUGGAGGGAGCUGGGAAUGAGGAUGGGAGAGCAGGGAGGGUCAGCUUCAAGGAGGCAGUGUGGCUUGACCAGGGAACCAGCUAGCAGCUAUGGAAAGCAGGCUGCCAUUUGCCGUUACGUUGCUAGGCAUCCCUUUCCCUUUUUGCAUCCGCUUCCUGUUCCAGCACAAGUCUUUCUCACUCACUCUCUACCUUUGCUGGGCGUGGCAUAUUGGUGCUCAAACCUUCACUGGAAUGACUGAGUGAAAAUAAUUGGCGUCUGGGCCCACCAGUUGGUACUAGGUGGCCCUACAGAUGUUGUUCCAACCCCUUCAAGGCCACCACUGCCCACGGAAGUGGGGAGACCCAAUCUAGGGCACAGGGCUGCCUUGUGGAGGCCUGUGCCAAGCAAGGAGCUGCUGGUAUAAGGAGUCCCUGUAUGGCAGCCUUAGCUGGCAGGGAGCCCAAUGCAAAAACUCACUCCCCACAAACUGGGAGGCCCCAUUGCAUUGGAGCACACCCCUUGGUCAUGCAGUUUGGGGAAGAUGGGUGAUUCUCCGCUUCUGAGCUCUGCUGGUUGCUAGUUCAGGCGAUAUAUCUGUCCUUUCACGGACUCUGCAAAAGAACCACGCUUGAGGAGUUUGGAGGCAGCCUGAGAGAGUUCCUGGCAAAGAAGGGAGUGUCUUUCACUCCCCCAACAUGGGGGGAGCAGGGCAUGUCUGCCACUGCUUCAGAGGAUUAAGCUCAGAGUGGCAUUUAGAGCAGCAGAUUUGGAGAUUAAAUGUUGCCCUAGAGGUAGUGCUGUCCUGAACUAGCUUAUGCAUAAAUGCCCCUCAUGUUGGCUUGUAGACAGCCAAUUAUAGAGAAGACAAAGAUGGCCUAGAUGAACAGAGUACAGUUUACUUAAGUGAGGCAGAGAGGCUAAUUUGCCCAACUAGCUUCAUGGCACAGGAAUCAUGGGCCAUAUUCUUGUCCUAGAUUUUAUCCUGCUCUCUGUGCUAUUCUGGUUUGAAGGCUGAAGAGGGAGUAAGCUUGGGCUAGCUUGCCCAACUGCUCUCAUUGGGCCAAGGAGAUGUAACUCUGGAGAAGUCAAGCGGAGUACUUUGCUAAAGUGAGUUGAGCUCAUGGGUUUGCAUAAGUCUUAGAUGGAUGGGUAGAGGAAAAGAACGACAGGCCAGGUGCCUCGGCUUAAUGGGGGUGCAAGCAAAGAGGGCUUCUGGCUAUGCCCAGGAUGGCUGGAGGUGUCAGCAGGAGUUGUUUAGGAAGCUGAGGAGGGGAAGCUUGAGCCCCCUCUGGCCAUACAAAAUGAGUGGCACCUGUUGGCUCCUGAAGCUUCACGAUAAAUGUGAUGCCUCCUAGGUUUUUUUUACUAUCCUACAGAUUUCACAUUCAAACUUUUGAUAACUUUCAUUCCUUUCUGUAACCCACAGAUUGAGACUUCAAUGAUAUAAAACAAGAUGAAUUCUGUACAAAAGUUCAGUAGAAGUCAAUCUGUGCAAGGCCUAGAGCAGACAUGUGCAGCCUUGCCCACCAUUCCACCCUAGAAUGACAAUGCCACUUACGUUCAAAAUGUCUGGACUCUGCAGUGGGUGCUGCUGGAUGGCGUUUGGAGCAUCUGCACCAUGCAGACCCAAAGAAAAAUGUACAGAACAUACUGCUACCCUCCAAGUCUAGGAUGGGCUGUGGGCUGUCCCAUAGCAUCAGGAGGGUCACAGUUUCUGAAUUCUUGCUCUAAGCUAAUAGGGCAUUUCCUUCAAGUUGUGGAUUGAGAAAAGCCAGUUUUUAUCACUGUUGGAUAUGAGGGGAACUUACAGUUCCCUACCGAAAUGCUAAAACUGGUUAAAGGGGUAGCAAAUGACACAAGAAUAUAAUCUUGGGAGUCAAAAUGGAAAGUGCAAGGAUAUCAUGAGAGUUAAAAAGAAGAAAGGUAAAUUCCAUGUUAGGAGAAGGAUUAAAAACAAACCAGCAAUUAGCGCUACAGCAUUCUUGAUAUCUAUGGCACACCCAUACGUAGAAUACAAUAUGCAACUCUCAUCUAACAAGGGAAGUUGUUGAAAAUAGGUUAAAAUGGGCAGCUAAAACCAGAGGGUUGGAGCAUCUUCCCCACAAAGGAAACAAAAAGAUGAGUUAGGGGAAGAGAUUUAUGAAAUCAUGAAGGUAUGUGAAGAGCACAAAUAACCUUUCAAAAUAAUUAUAGCCCAGUCAGGGUAUUUUUUUAAAUAUAUAUUUUUGUAACUGGAGGGGGCAGCCCCCUUCUAUCCCAGUGGUAGCUUUACUUCUCAAGUUUGGGCUGGACAGCUAUACUUUCUCUGGAUGCACACUCUAUUGUCAGAGGGUAUGAUAACGGUGAACUAUAAUUGACAACAGGUGAGGGAGUACACAUUUAAAAGAGGACAGUCUCAGGUUCCACAUACAGUAUCCUUGGAUAGCUGCUGGGACCCCUUGUGGCAGAUCUCUGAGCUCCCUAGCUGGGGACCACACACCACUGAUCAGAAGUUCUGCCGGCACCACUACCAGUGGGUGAGCUUGUAAGGGGUCUCCAGUUGGGGGGGGGGGCUCACCAGAAGGUGGUCUGCCAAGGGCCCCCUCAUAUCUAGGGCUGGCCUUAUUGCAUACCAACACACAAGUGAGCAUACCUCUCUCCUCAGUGGCAGUAAUGGCUGCAGGACUCUUCUUGGCCUAUACCUGUAGUCCAAGUUAAAACAGGGGUGUGCCUCUACAGAGCUCUCUCCAAGAUUUUUCCUUGCACCAAGAUAAGCAGGAAUAAAAGAAAUAGGGCAAUGGCAAAGUGCAACUAGCAUGAACACGCCUUCAACGCAUAUGGAUUCUGGCUGCCACUAACUACCCAGCACCCGGGAGCACCUGGGCUGAUUCUAGCGGCUGGUUUCCAAGACUAUUCUUACAGCGGUUACUUCAAUAGUGUUAGCGCCCCCUUCCUCUUGUGCCAGGACGGAACAUGCCGUAACACUGAUAUAACUUCAUAAUCGUGUCAAUCUUUUCAUUUCAAUUAAAGUCCAAAUCUCAAGUACAGUGUGGACUACUCAUAGCUAACAUGAAGCUGGAAAGCGCAAAGCCUUGAGGUUGGGCUGCUAGAGACUCAAGUCUCUACCGCUUCGCUCCAACAGGAUGGAUGAGGGCAGAUAUGUCUUUGGUUUUUUUGUUUUUGUUUUCCACGUGAGGUUUCCAAAUGGAGGUACCUCUUGGUGAUCAUGCCAAGGCAGUUCCUGAACACAGGGCCUUCCUUGGGCCAAUGCAGCAAAUGCAAGUGGGGUGAAUAAGGCCAUUUGGUAUUGGGGAGAGGAUUGAUCAGAACCAUGGUUUGGUGAUAGAAUCAGGUAAACGGGAGUGGGGCCUUGUCCUCACAAGGGUAAGCUGUCCAUCUAAGAGAGUGAGCAAGUUGGUUCUGGACCAAGAUCGAAAGAGCGGCAGGAAGGAGUUUGAGCCAAUAUGGAUUUGUCACACUAACCUUCCAACUUUCAUGCAAUGAGAUCCUAAUGAAGAAUACAACCCAAACCUGUGGAAACAGCAACAAGGGCGUCAAAAGCCCCACAACCCAAUUCCCUGUGCCCUUUGAAAGUAUGACUCGGAUAUAAAACAAAAUGCUUCUGAAAACCAUUAGUCCCUAUCUCUGAAUCAAGUAUAAUUACAUUAGGUUGGGUGGAGGGGGAGAUGGCUCUAGGUGAAAAAGUCUAUGCCAUGUCCCUAGAUCUAAAUGAUGUCAGAUCAAGCUUUGUGAGCUACAGCUGUAUUGGGUUUUAGGGUUACACAACGUGUGUUCUUCUCUUUCUUUGUGGCCAGCCUUUAACUGGGUUCUUUGCAGAAAAUAUCAAUAUGGGCACACGACAAGCUUCUCUUUACCAAACAUGAUCAAGGGGCAUUCUUGGAUGCUGCAAACAUGCAGUUGCUAGGGGAAGCGACCAUAUGAACAGGCCUUGCACAAUGAUAACACAGGCGAACAUGGAGCAAGAAACCAAAAGAAAGAAGAAAGCUCACUGUCAUCAGGGUUAAUGCUGUCUCCUGAUGGAAAAGGAGGACUUGAUUGAUUGUGCUGCCACUGUACAGGGCUCCUUGGGUCUUAGCUUGUGGUACUGGGGUAAGAGAUGUAAGCAGGCAACAAGGAGUGACGAUGGCUCUUCUUUCCUGCCACAAUAUGGCACAGAGAAAGGAAGCCCCUGCCUAUUCCAAGGAAGGUACACUUCUAAGAAUGCCAAACCCUCGCCUUCUGCGUUUGACCAAGUCUCUUAGCAAUUCCAUUAACUGGGAGAGGACAAAAGAUGCAAUAAUAAUAAUAAAAACAAAAUAAAAUAAAAGCAGGAGAACAAACAUUUCAAGGCUCCAAGUGGCAAAACCACACACCAUUUCCCUUUUUGACAUCUAGCCUGGAAAUUUCUAAAUAGGUAAGACGUGGCUGCUUAAAAAUAAUGAUGAUGAUGAAAUGAAACUACUCUGUCCCCUCUUAAAAUUAUUAAAAGCGAAGGAUUUUUCUGUAACCUACAGCAUUACAGCAUCUUUGGGUCUUGCAGUAAAAGUGUUUUUUCCCCCACCCACAAUUCCAAAGUGGCAGUUAAUGAGAAAAUAACCAACUUCAUGUGGAGAUGUAUGAAAAAGGUACCUCAUCUGGCAGGAAAGGGGAAAUGCUUCAAGGUCACAGAAAUGACGCAGUAUAUGUUAUAUAUUACAUAAAAAUUGUACCAAAAUGUUUUUUUUCCUCUUUUUUGAUUGUAAAAAUCUGCUCUCGGCGGGUUUCCCCCAGUUGUCUUUGUCAAAGAAGGGACAUUUCCCUCAUUUUCCCUUCCAUGCUCCCAUACCACACAUGGGGCCAGAGCAGAGCUGAGUACCAUAUAUCUAUAUAUAUUAUAUAGAUAUAGAUAUAUUUAAAACCCAGACAGAAAAGUUCCUUGGUUUGUUUUUCCUUUUUUCAAGUGAGUAAAUCAAUUCUCUGAUUUGUUUUUAGGUUUUCAUAUUUACAGCAUUUCAAUUGGUAUCACAUCCCCCACUUCCCAACCCAUUUGGACCCCGCCCGCCGCCCGCCCCGGAAAUAUGGUGCCUCUAGGUGAGACUGGUUGCUUCCCCAACUCUCCCAGGCCGAGAGUUGGUGAGAAAAGUCGGAGUUGUGCUUGAAGAGGGAGAUUUGCUAUUUCUUUUUCCUUUGGGUGGAAAAAAAGUGCAGUCUGGGUUAGUGUUUUUGUUGCUGUUUUUUUUGUUUGUUCUGUUUGUCAUUUUUCUGAAGGACAAUCCAUCCAGUCUGGGGGGCGGGGGAGAGUUCAACACUCCUACUUUCUCCCAUGUAGUCCCAAAUGUGUUCUGACGGCAGCCAUAUUUGCAUUGCAGGAUACUCCUGACGUUUGCGACUUCGUGGGCAGGAAUGAAACAGAAGGAAGGUGAGAGCAGUCUUGCAUCACUUUCUAAAUGUCUGGAGCUGGAACUUAGCAGGCCGUGGGGGCGACUGGUGGAACUGAGUGAAACGGGAAGAAAUGCCCCCUCCUCUACCACCACCCCACCCCUCAUCAUCUCUUACUUAUUGUGCAAUUUUACGUCAGGCUCGGUGGCCCUAAAGCAACUAGGAGGGGGAAAGGCCACCAUGUGUGGCCAUACAAAUGAAAAAAAAAUCUAAGGACAGCCACACCUCAAUGCUACUUCCUCCUUCCCCAGAAGCAAUGGUGCAUUUCAAACAUUCCUAUGUGGGCUUUAAUUUAAAAAAAUAAAAAAAGAGAGAGAGGAAAGAAUCAAAGCAAAGCUUUCCUGCCAAUCUGAAAGAGCGGAAGAACUUGAUGCAAACCCUGUUGAUAAACUGUGACAGCCAACAAAUACUGGAAGGCAGGUUCUCAGCAUAGCGUUACCUGAACAGCUCCUUCCUCUCCCCCCACCCUCAUACCUUUCUCUGUCUUUUGUCUCUCUUUUUUGGCAACGGUUGAAUCUAAACCCCGACUAGGCCGAGCGCCACAUGGCCCUGUUUGUCCCUCAUACUCUUAAGCUAUGGGAGGCGAGGGGUGGGGAGCAGGCUCUGAGCCAGGGCGCAGGGCAGGGCAUUUCCCCAGGUGCCCCAGUCUCUGCAUGUGGAACCCUCAUGGCUUUGAUUUUCGUAACAUUAAAAAAAAAUAUUAUUAUGUCAGCUUUUU